UACCCGCAUCGCAGUGCCGCAAACUUACACAACACAUCCUCAAAUCGUUCGGAGCACCGGAAGAGCCUUCAUCGAAUAAAUUGCCGUUUAACAGGCUACAAUAGCACACAGUGUACUAGCUACUGGGUCAUGAGCGAUAAUCCAUCACAAGCUAAUUGGAUCGACGAAUACACCGAAAACCAACUUCUAGAAGAAGUGACAAACUACGAAGAGUACCCUACACCAUCGUUAGACCAAUCCAUCUACAACAUAUCGAGUGAGCUCGACAAUCUUUCAGUGACUAUCACUCCAACCAUUGGUCAAGCCACAGCUCCACCAGUCAUUAGCCAAGCCACAGCUCCACCAGCCAUUAGCCUAAGUACCGUCAUACCGACCGAUACCCCAGCCACUACCAUUGAGACAAACAAAGCGCCGUUAUCAUCUACUCCAAAAACAGAAUCGAUUAAACGCCGUCUGGAAAAAUCCAACUCCGUACCGGAAGCUCCAAUCAAAAAAUUCAAAUCAAUUGCGAAUAUGUUCCCGUUAGCCGCAGCAGUAGCAGCAUCCGAAUCAUUUGUAGUGGAUAUCAUCCCCAACGUAGAUGGUGUCCUUACGUUUACGGAAUCUCAAGGCAAAAUAAUCGGUAAUAGCAUCACCCGAGCCCUAUUCUCCGAUGAGAGUAUGGCUUCUCUUCAUUUUGAAAGCUCGGGUCUAGACAGAGGCCGUUAUCGUCUCAUUUGCACCGACACGACUACUAGAGACUGGGUAGUCGCCAUCGUCCCAAAAUUGGAAGGCCUUUGGCAAGGCGCAAACAUCAGAUCUGUAGUGUCGGGCCCUCCCCCAAAGUUAAUUCGUGGAACAGUAAUUGUUCAGCUGCCUGCACCGGACCCUAACGACUUUUUCAAUAUUAUUGCCACGCAAAACCCAACACUCGAUACCAGUAACUGGAAAAUUUACAGCCGGUCCAAGGCACAAAACGGCAAACAGCAAUGGAUUAUUGGGGUGGAAGACUGCUGCAUUUCAGCCCUCAAUGAUCUAGCUUUCCGUCCAUACUGUGGUAUGACACGCGUCCGUAUAGUACUUAACAACAAUGCCAACAACCCGUGAUAAAUUAGCUUUUGUAAAGCCACAUAUUUAUUUCGUUACAACAAUCAGCUCAAUAAACGGCUUACUCUCUUUGAUCUCAAACCAAUUGUUUCAUUCUCUCUUCAAGCUCAAACAGCAGCGAGUAAGAUGUAAGAUAAGUAUUAUCAUCAGCAAA